AUGCUGCCCCUGGUGGUGCCGGGAGCGUCGUCUACGUCGUGGGGGUCGGUGGUGGCCGCGGCGGCGGGCGCUGGCGGGCGCGCCCUCGCUGCCGGCUGCGGCGGGCACCUCCUGUUCCGCUUCGUCGUGCACCACCUCGUGCCCCUCCUUCUACGCCGCCUGCGCCGUCGUCGCCGCCGCCGGCAACAACCACGACCACCCCUCGGCCCCGCGUCCGCCAGAGCCGACACGGACGGCGCUGGCGAGUGCGAAGAGAGCGAAAGCGAAAGAGCGAAGAAGAACGCGAAAGUGGGAGGAGAAGAAGCGGAGGAAGAGGAGGAGGAGAGGGACGGGCCGGUGACGCCGCUUCCGCCGGCGGACAACGUUGAUGAGGCCGGUGGCGACGGCCAAGUGAAGCCGGAGCGGUGCGGGACGUGGUGGUGGCUGUGGGACGGCAGCCAGAACCGCGAAUCUCUGCGGCUGGGCGCCUUCCUCGCUUCCAUGACGGGAGGCUUUCGCGUGGUGGAGUUUGCGCUGCAGCGAUUACGCGGCACCGAUGACGGCUGGAACUCCUUCUUGGCCGGCACGAUCGCAGGUCUGUCGAUCGCCUUUGACACGAAGGAGCGGCAGAAGGCCGUCUCCCUCUACGUCUUCUUCAACUCGUUCUUGGCUCGGCCCGACCCAAAUCGAGGGUUGGCGCAAUUGCGGCCCGGCCCGGCAGGCGGAGGCCGAUGGACCGCGGCGCAGCACGGCAUCUGGUGCCUGCUCUGCGGGGUCAUGAUGUACUGCUUCUUCUGCGAGGGCGAGCUGUUGGACAGCUUCGUGUAUCGCUUCCUGUACAGCUGCACGUCGCCGCACGAUCAAUACGCAAUGAGCUACGUACGCAAGUACGCGCUGGGCAUGGCAGACGAGGAUCCGGAGGCGAAGGCGCAAGAGAGGCGGGACUACGCCAGCGGGAAGCUGCGGUCGGUGCCCCCGCCUGUCAUCGUCAAGCGGAGGGAACACUUUGCGCGCAUGCGCGCCAUGUCUGCGGCGACGACCUCCACCACCUGCAGCCCGCCGACCAGGUCUGCCGAGCGAGCCGAGUGA